AUGUAUCAAGAUGUGGAUGAAGUACUGGGUGUUUGGGCAAUGGUCAAUUAUGGGAUAUUCCCACAAAGGGGAUGUCCUGGUGAUCGGGAGUUCCCUGAAAAUUUGCAUGCGAUCAUGGCGACCAACGGCUCUUAUCUCGAAGUUCAAAAGAUCCCUGAACCUUGCGACAUGGAAGGAGACGAGGCUCCCGUGACUUGUUUCAACCGUCGUUCGGUAACAGCAACGCACCCGGCAGGAGAUGAAGGAGUCAGUGACCAGAUUUCUUUUGACAAAAACAAACGUUUCAUGCGACUGUACUCGGAAGCGACGAUGCCACGUUACCGGAAGUCGCCGCAAUCCGUGCGUUGCUCAUGGCUCAGCGCAUGGGACGUUGCGCAACGCAUGAAGGCAAUUCCUCACACACGGGAAGCAGGACCUAGUUCGCCGUCAAGUGAAACGCGGAAAAAGGUCGCAUCGGGGAGUCGACUUCCGCACGAUGAGCAAUUUCCGGACGUAAAAUGGAUCAUUUCUCCCGAUGGAGAGGCUGAUAGCAAAAGCUUUCGAUUCACUCCAAGCGGCCCAUCAAUUGAGGUCUGGACAGACGUCAUCAUUCCGCGGUUUCCUGGGCAAAUCGGCAUUGGCGUUUACGCACUUGUUUCCUGGGAUGGCCCAAUUUCGCCCAACAUUGAAAUAAGGUAAUAUCCAUG